AUGUCAAAGAGCCAGUCAUGUCAGUCGGAAUACUGCCUACCCACUGUGAAUGAUUCCGUGAAAAUAAAACUCUCCAAAGAAUCACCCGCGGAGGUUGAAGAAGCACUAAAAAAUGCAGACAACGCGAUUGACACUCCGCUCCCAUCAGCGAGACCAUCAGAAGCAGCGUUUGAGCUGAGUGAUACUCUUCAGUUGGUGGCGAAUAUGCCGAAUGUUCAAGCUUUCAACGAAGCUGUUGACAGACGUAGUACGAGAACAAACAAAGCAUAGCAACAUAAUAACC